UGUGAAGAGCAACAAAGGUGCAGAUCUGCUCGUAGUCGAAGGCUACACAUUCAGAAAGGAGAAAACUAUUAACGGGAAACUCAUUUGGAAAUGCACUGAAUAUAGGAUUGGAAAAUGUUUGUCUCGCUGUCAUACCAAAAAUGGAUUAUUCGUCAAGAGACCAUCUAUGCACAACCAUGUUCCAGAUGUGGCGAAGAUCGAAACAAGGAAAGCAAUAGUGGACAUCAAGCAACGAGCAACUUCUUCUACUGACGGACCUCAUGAACUCGUGGCUACAGCAACCCAAGGUCUGUCAUCAGCGGUUGUUGGACAACUUCCUGUUUUUCGUCACCUUAAACAAACUGUCCGUCGCGUUCGGCGUGUCAACGAGGCACCAAUGUCAAACCCAACUAGUCUGGACGACUUGAGUAUGCCUGUUGAAUAUUCUACGACUGCUGGAGAUCCUGUUGUGAAAGAGUUAAUCUUAAAAUGCCAGCAAGCAAGAGCCCGAGCCUAUUGUCCAUACAGCAAAUAUCCAGUUGGAGCUGCUUUGCUGACCAAGGAAGGCAAAAUAUUUCAAGGAUGCAAUGUGGAGAAUGCAUCUUAUGGCCUCACAGUGUGUGCGGAAAGAACUGCUAUUCAGAAAGCCAUCUCUGAAGGCUACAGAGAAUUCUGUGCCAUGGCAAUCAACUGUGACAUGAAGAACAACUUUAUCGGCCCAUGUGGUGCAUGUAGACAGGUGUUAAUGGAGUUCACUCCACACUGGGAUCUAUACUUAGUUAAACUGGACGGAACUUGCCAGAAGACAACAUUGAAAGAGAUUCUGCCUUAU